AUGUCUAAAGACGCAAAGGUUGCAGAUGAUACACUCUUUGAUAUCGAUAUUCUAAAUGAUUCCGCAGAGCCUUCAAACUCAACUCAGCCACACAUAAUUGCAAAUAACAGAGAUGCGGAAGCAAGAGUUAUUCCUCCUCAUACAUUUCCAGAGGAAACAAUUGAUUUGGAUAAUGACGAUAAUAUUGAAAAUGAUAUCUAUGACAAUCCAUUCCAAGACGAAGAAUCAACUACAUGGGAUACAAAUAGAUUUGAGACCAAUAAUUAUCAACCUCAGUUAUAUCCAACUGGGCAGAGAAAUGGCUUUUUCGCAAAUUCUUUUAAUAAAGUGAAAAAUAUCUUUGUCUUUAACACGAAACCUUCUGAUUCAGGAUCCUAUGAGAUGAAUCGUUACAAUGCAGUGACAAACAAUGAACUUGAUGGCCGGUAUGCAGAUUCCAGAAACAGAUUUAAUAUCAAGAUACUGUUUAAUCGAUACAUAUUACGGAAAAAUGUUGGCGCAUCAGAUGAUGGAACUCCUCGAGAAAUUUAUUUGAAUGAUAGAACUGCCAAUCAUGCCUUUAACUAUGGUGAUAAUCAUAUUUCCACUACAAAAUACAAUAUUGCAACGUUUUUGCCAAAAUUUCUGUUCCAGGAAUUCUCAAAAUAUGCUAAUUUAUUCUUUCUGUGUACUGCAGCAAUCCAACAAGUGCCUCACGUCUCACCAACGAACAGAUAUACCACAGUUGGUACUUUAAUGGUUGUGUUGAUAGUAUCGGCCUUUAAGGAAAGCAUAGAAGAUAUCAAGAGAGCUAAUUCCGACAAAGAACUUAAUAAUUCCAAAACCGAGAUAUAUUCAGAAGAGAAUGGCGAUUUCAUAGAAAGAAGAUGGAUCGAUAUCAGAGCCGGUGAUGUCAUAAGGGUGAAAUCUGAAGAAGCAAUUCCUGCAGAUUUAAUUGUUAUUUCUUCGUCGGAACCAGAAGGUCUUUGUUAUAUCGAAACUGCUAAUCUUGAUGGUGAAACAAAUCUGAAAAUAAAACAAGCUAGACCGGAAACAGCAGAAAUGAUGGAUUCUAGAAAGCUCAAUAACUUUAAGGGAAAAGUGAUAUCUGAACAGCCUAACUCAAGUCUUUAUACUUAUGAAGGUACCUUGGAAUUCAAUAAUCGUAAGAUUCCUUUGUCACCAGAGCAAAUGAUUCUUAGAGGUGCGACCUUAAGGAAUACCAGUUGGAUGUUUGGUUUAGUUAUCUUUACAGGACAUGAAACCAAAUUAAUGCGCAAUGCUACAGCUACCCCAAUUAAGAGAACGGCUGUUGAAAGGGUUAUAAAUCUACAAAUUGUGGCCUUAUUUGGGGUAUUAAUUGUUUUAGUGUUGAUUUCUUCCUUAGGGAAUGCCAUCAUAAGUUCCACACAGGAAAAACACUUAUCAUAUUUAUAUGUGAAGGGUGUAAACAAAGUUGGUUUAUUUUUCAAAGAUUUCCUCACAUUUUGGAUUUUAUUUUCUAAUUUAGUACCUAUUUCCUUAUUCGUUACUGUUGAAUUAAUCAAGUAUUACCAGGCCUUUAUGAUUGGAUCUGAUUUAGAUUUAUACCAUGAAGAAAGCGAUACACCCACUGUUGUUCGUACAUCAUCAUUGGUAGAAGAGCUUGGACAAAUUGAAUACAUCUUUAGUGAUAAGACUGGUACUUUAACCAAAAAUGUUAUGGAAUUCAAAUCUUGUUCCAUUGCUGGUAGAUGUUACAUUGAAACAAUUCCAGAAGAUAAGAAAGCGUCAAUGGAGGAUGGCAUUGAAGUUGGAUUCAGAAGUUUUGAUGAAUUGAAAACUAAAGUAAACGAUCUCUCUGAUGAUGAAUCCCAAGUGAUAGAUUCUUUCCUGACUUUGCUAUCAAUUUGCCAUACUGUCAUACCCGAAUUUCAAAGUGAUGGUUCUAUCAAAUAUCAAGCGGCUUCCCCCGAUGAAGGUGCCUUAGUCGAAGGUGGUGCCAGCUUAGGUUAUAAAUUUAUUAUACGUAAGCCCAGUUCUGUUACUAUUCUUUUGGAAGAACAUAACGAACAGAAAGAGUACCAACUCUUGAAUGUUUGCGAAUUUAACUCGACCAGGAAAAGAAUGAGUGCUAUCUUCAGAUUACCAAACGGUGAAAUCAAGUUAUUCUGUAAAGGUGCCGAUACCGUUAUUUUAGAGAGGUUGGAGAGUGACAAUAACCCUUAUGUUGAAGCUACUAUGAGACAUUUAGAAGACUACGCGUCUGAUGGGUUAAGAACACUUUGUCUCGCUACAAGAACAAUUCCUGAGAAAGAGUACCAAGAAUGGUCGACAAUAUAUGAGGAAGCUUCAACAACACUUGAUAACAGGGCCGAAAAAUUGGAUGAAGCUGCAAAUAUGAUCGAAAAGGACCUAUUUUUAAUUGGUGCAACUGCUAUUGAGGAUAAACUUCAAGAUGGGGUUCCAGAGACAAUUCAUACAUUACAAGAAGCUGGUAUAAAGAUUUGGGUAUUGACAGGUGAUAAACAAGAAACAGCUAUUAAUAUUGGUAUGAGCUGCCGUUUACUGACAGAGGACAUGAAUUUGCUUAUUAUUAAUGAAGAGACAAAGGAGGAAACAAGAAAGAAUAUGCGUGACAAAAUCAUGGCUCUUAAAGAACAUAAACUAUCACAACAUGAAAUGAAUACACUUGCGCUUGUGAUUGAUGGGAAAUCAUUAUCGUACGCAUUAGAAUCUGACUUGGAAGACUAUUUGCUAGCUCUUGGAAAAAUAUGUAAAGCUGUUGUGUGUUGUCGUGUGUCUCCACUUCAGAAGGCGUUAGUUGUUAAAAUGGUUAAAAGAAAAACCUCUUCUUUAUUAUUGGCAAUUGGAGAUGGUGCCAAUGAUGUUAGUAUGAUUCAGGCAGCACAUGUAGGUGUUGGGAUCAGUGGUAUGGAAGGUAUGCAAGCUGCUCGUUCUGCUGAUAUUGCAGUGGGCCAAUUUAGAUUUUUGAAGAAAUUAUUACUCGUUCACGGUUCAUGGUCCUAUCAAAGAAUAUCAGUGGCAAUUUUGUAUUCCUUCUACAAGAAUACAGCAUUGUAUAUGACCCAAUUUUGGUUUGUCUUUGCUAAUGCCUUUUCUGGUCAAUCUAUCAUGGAAUCGUGGACUAUGAGUUACUAUAAUGUUUUUUUCACAGUUUUCCCUCCAUUUGUCAUUGGUGUCUUCGAUCAGUUUGUUAGUAGUCGUCUACUUGAACGUUAUCCUCAACUUUAUAAGCUUGGUCAACAGGGUAAGUUUUUCUCUGUAAGGAUUUUUUGGGGUUGGAUCGUUAAUGGAUUCUACCAUUCGGCUGUGGUAUACAUUGGGACAAUGUUGUUUUAUAGAUAUGGUAUGGCGUUGAACAUGCACGGAGAGGUUGCUGAUCAUUGGUCUUGGGGGAUUGCAGUCUAUACAUCAAGUAUCUUGAUUGUUUUAGGUAAGGCUGCUCUUGUUACCAAUCAAUGGACUAAGUUUACUCUUUUUGCAAUCCCAGGCUCCUUUAUAUUUUGGAUGAUAUUUUUCCCAAUUUAUGCAUCUGUAUUCCCCUAUGCCAAUAUCUCAAGAGAAUAUUUCGGAGUCGUAAAACAUACUUAUGGAUCAGGUACGUUCUGGCUAACAUUGAUUGUUUUACCUGUGUUUGCCCUAAUGAGAGAUUUUGUAUGGAAAUACUACAGAAGAAUGUAUGAACCAGAGAGUUAUCAUUUGGUUCAAGAAAUGCAAAAGUUUAAUAUCAGUGAUAAUCGUCCACACGUGCAACAUUUCCAAAAUGAAAUUAGAAAGGUUAGACAAGUUCAAAGAAUGAAGAAGCAAAGAGGGUUUGCCUUUUCUCAAUCAGAAGAAGGCGGACAAGAUAAAAUCAUUAGAAUGUACGAUACCACUCAAAAGAGAGGCGUCUAUGGCGAGUUACAUGAUGCCAAUCCAUUUUCAAAUAAUAAUGCGGAAAACAUAUCUAAUGAAUCCUUUAAUAUGGUUAAUGAUGGUAAUAUACCAACAGAUCCAUUUGGAGAUACAAAUGAACUAUCAAAUGAUCCUGAUUUAAUAGAAAAUCCUUUUGCAAAUGAUGCCGACAUACGAUAA